AUGUCGUCUUUCAAUCAAAUUCAGACAGCUUGUGGUGCACUCGGUUAUUUUGAUGGUAAAACCUAUUUGAAAGAUGAUGACUGCGAAGAUGCAUUACGUAUUCUACUUCGCUGUCUUAAAUAUGAAAAUGAACGUAAAGAUGCUCGAUUACACAUGCUUGAAUCAAGAAUAGUCGAAAAUGAUCUUGUACCCAUUCUCAUCUAUUUAAAUAGUAAACAUGAUGGGAAAAUUAUUAAUCAUGCUCUCAAAUUACUGGUUAAUUUAACAAAGCCUCCAUUGGUAUGUUUCGAUGGUAAAUUACCCAAAGAUGUAACACUGACAAAUGUUUAUUUAAAAAUUGAAGUUCUUUUACAAAAAACUAAAACUAGUUUAGCAAAUGAGAAACUCUUUGAUUUUCUUGUCGCUAAAGUUCAUCCAGUACUCGAUACGAAGUGGCUUGAUCGAUCGGAUGACGAUGAUUUUAUCUUGCAUGCAGUUUUUACACUUGUAAGAAAUAUUCUUUCAAUAAAAUCUGAGCGACAAAUUUCAGAAGAAAGUGAUAUUAAUGCACAUGAUCUUGUUCUAUGGGCAAUACAUAAGAGUAACAUGGAGAAUUUAAUCUUAUUUUGUGGUAAUAAAGCUCAAGGAGAUGAACGUAUUAUGACUAUUCUUGAAAUUAUUGUUUUAAUGUUACGAGAACAAUCGGCAGAAGAAUUGGCUGCAACAGGCGAACAACAAACAAAAAGUAAACGAGAGAAAACAAAUGAAACACUUGAUUUGCUUUAUGAACGUGAAAUGGCUGAAAAACAACAAUUACAUAAAUUAACUGGACGCCGAUCGACAUUUGGAGGUGCGACAUAUGUAAUGUGUAAUGCAAAAGGUAUUGGUGAAAAUCAACUUAUUUGCCAUCGACCAUUGCAAAGUCUCAAUGCCAUGGAAUUCGAUCGAGAAAAACGUCGUUUUCGUCGACCGAAAAAUCGUGCACCUGUUAAAAAUGAUUUAGAUGAUUCACAAAAUCAUCAUUCAGCAUUGGGAAUUCGAUUAUUUCUACGAGAAUUUUGUUUAGCAUUCUUAGAUAAUUGCUAUAAUAUACUUAUGCCUCAUGCAAGGGAUAUGAUUAUCAAAUCGACAUGUUUACUGAGUGAUGAAACUAAUUUCUUUUGGUCAAUAAGAUUCUUUACAGAAUUUAAUCGACAUGCACAUACAUCAAUCGAUCGUAUAAGUGAAACAUUACAAAUGAAUACAUUUCAUUUACUUCAUACAAAAAUUGAUCACUAUAGAGAAAUGAUUAAAAUCGAUAAAACUGAAGCUAGACUUUGGGCAAAACGAUUGCAAAUAGGCUUUGGUGCAUUUAAAGAAUAUAUUCUCUGUGUUAAAUCUAUGUUAACAAAUUCAAGUGAAGUUGUCGUUCGAGCUGCAACAAUUAUUAAAAAUAAUAUAUUUUAUAUGCAAGAAUAUCGUGAACAGAUUUAUAUUUUACUUAAAGAUUUUGAUAAUACAAAAAUGACAAGUGCCUAUCUUCAUGAUCUAAUUGGAUGUACUCAUGAAUUUCUUAAAAUGCUUGAAGAACAUACAACAAAAUUGAAACAUGUUUUUGUUCAACGCCGUCGUGUGGCUCGUAAACCAGGAAUAAAGAAAAAUAAACAGAAACAAAAAAAUGUAAAUGAAGAAAAAAAUGAACCACCGAAUGAACAAUUGGAAGAAGAAUGGCAAAGUCAAAUAGCUGAACGUUUAUCAAGUUUAUUACAAGGUUUAGAAGAACCUACUAUUAAUAAAUCAGAAGUUUGUCCAUUCGAUGCACUUUCCGAUGUUCCUAUUGAUGAUCAAAGUCUUACGGCAGUUGCUCGUAUUCAACAUGCACUACGAACAAAUAAAUUAGAUGAAGCUAUUGCAUUAUUUCGUGCUUCGCGAGAAGUUUGGCCAACGGAGAAAACAUUCGGUUAUGAAGAUAUUGGAGCUGAAGAAGAAUUUAAUUUGCUUCGAGAAAUUUUUAUGACAUCAAAAAUGGAUAAUCUUUUACCAAAACAUUCUGAUGAAGACGAGGAAAAUGAUGAAGAAGAGCCACACGAAGCAGGGCAUGAAGAAGACGACGAAGAAUUAAUUGAAACCAUUGAACGUGAAGAAGAAUUUGACUUUAAAAGAUUUAUAAGACGUUUCGCACAUUCAAGUAUACUUUGUUCCUAUAUUGAUGUUCUUCGUACAUACAGAACUAAUACACCAUUUUUAAAUCAUUGUAUAAUUCGUAUGUUUUAUCGUGUAUCAGUGGAUUGUAAUUUUACUGGUAUACUUUUUCAAAUGUCAUUAUUUCGAAUUUUUCAAAAAUUUCAUCUUGAUCCAAUGGCAAAGUUACAACAAUUUUCAGAACUAUUACAAUUUGGUACUUGGUUGUUACGUAAAUUUUUUGUAGCUAUACAAAAGAAUCCGUGUAUAUAUGCGGAAUUACUUUUUUGGAAAGAUCGAAGCCUUGUCGAAGAUAUGCUUGAUGGAUAUCGUCAAAUCACUGCUGACCGUACGAAUGAAGGAGAAAAAAAAACGAAAGCUGCUUCAUGGUCGAUUGAACAUCAAAUUGAGCUACGAGAUAUUUAUAGAAAAAUCAAAGAAGAACAAGCAGAAAAUCUUGGACUUGAAAAAGUUGAUGUUGUCGAUCGAAUUAUGUUAGAAUUAACGGAUAAAUCAAAAGCAAGACGACAAAUAAUCAAAGAAUUAAAAAUCCAAGGCUUGAUUAAAUCUACUAGAGAGCUUAGAAUCAAAAAGGCUCCAAAAGGUCGAUCAAAGAAAAAAGAUCUUCUUAACAAUUCAAAAUUACUUGGAUCUGAUUCAGAUGUUCCAGGUGUGGAAGAUAGCGAUGAUGAUCGUGAUGAUCAUAAUGAUGAGAAAGAAGAAGAAGAUGAUGAUGAUGAUGAUGAUGACGACGACGAUAAGCAUCAUUCUAUUGAAAAUAAAUCGGCUUCAUCGGAACAUAAAGCAAAUAAAUUAGUUUCAUCAGAAUCUGAUCAAGAUAAGUCAAAUGAUUCAAAUUCAAAACCCAAUGAUAUCGUAUCAACAGCGACUACCAAAAUCUCUCAACAAACAAAACAAGUAGAAGAUGAGGAUGAUGAUGAAUCACUGCCUAUUAUAACAAAGCAAACUCGUAAAUAUGAAUCUUUAUCAAUGUUUGAUGAUGUUGAUGAUGAUGAUGAUGAUGAUAUUUCUACAUCACGUCCAAUCAAGAAAGCACGUCGACAAUUGGUGUCUUCAAGUGAAGAUGAUGAAUAG